AAGCUCAGCCAACAUCAGACAUCACAAGCUCAGCCAACAUCAGACACAACAAAUGGGUGCCUAAUAUGUCACCAGGUCAAAUGUUAAUAAAAAAAUAAAGAAUUUAGUACAGAAAUCAGGGCAAUGCACACAAUGAUUUUAUAGUGGAAUUCUGAAGAUUACAGAAAGAAAAAUUCUAUACAUGGCUGAAACACAAACUGAACCAGGCUUUAUACCAGGACAUCAUGAAGCCGAGAUCUGCUAUGGAGGUGAAGCUGACUUACACAAGCACUAUACCGGCUGUAAGAAGAAUCCAGGUCAUGUCAACUUUAUACCUGUUAAUGAUUUCAACUUGGAUCAUCUCCCCUGGCUUUACCGUGACGUCAUCAUGAUGGAGGUAAUCAAAGCUUUGUCUGCCCUAACGGUCCUGAUAAAGGUCAAGUACACCAGUCUAGAGAGACCAAAGUCUGUUCCAUGCUUCAGUGGUCAGUAUCCAUUUUAUAACACCAGAGGAAGUGACGUGUUGAGGACAGGGACGGGGAGGGUGUAUCGUGUGGUCAAGUACACAGAGAGUGACAACAAGGGCAUUUGUCCAUGUGACAAGUGUCAACACUCUGACACACCCAGCAAAGUGUGGGGGGAGGUUUGUGUGUUGACAGCCACACACGUGGUGUUUGAUGACAGUGAGGCGAGACAGACCAGGUGUGUUGUAGGUUUUGAUGACAAUAAAAGUCCUGGGGUCAGUUUUGAUGGCUGGGGGGUGAGGAGGGCAGACAUUGAGGGAGACGGGUGUUUGUUUACAUGUGUGUCAUGUGACUUAGAGUUGGUUGUUGAACUGGACAAGAUGUGUAAGCACUUGGAUGAUCUACGUAGGAAAGUAAGGGACAAAUACGGGAGAUUUGAUAAUGUGGACAAGUUGACCGUUAUAGUGUCACAUCCUCAUGGCUGUCCUAAACAGGUCUCUGUAGGACGAUGGACACGCAAACAUGAGAGGGAUGGUUGGCACAAGUACACGUACACAACAUGUACAUGUCCUGGCUCCAGUGGUGCACAUGUCUACAUGCCGGGAUAUGGCAGGUGGUAUUGCCGUCCCCACAGUGGAUCAAACUCUGAAGGAAAUUAUUGUGGGGUGUUGUUGUAUUGAUCCAUCUGUAACCAUUGGUUCUCUCCCCUUGUCUAAUGUAACUGUUGGUUCUCUCCCCUUGUCUAAUGUAACUGUUGGUUCUCUCCCCUUGUCUAAUGUAAACAAACAAAAUGGCGGCUCCCUUAAUUAAACUUGUGUGUGUCAAGACUUGAAUGUCUUCAUCAGCAACUUUGUAUUCUGGUGAAGACAAGAAAUAAAUUGUUUAGUUCCUUUCAGUCAUUUGUUUAGAGUUGUUAGACACAUAAACAAAAUUAUAAACAAAUGUUAAUUGCUGCAAACGUGUAUUUUGUUGCUUAUUAAUUAAUCAUUAAAAUUAAUCUGUAUGAACUUUGUAUAUUUCAUUUGUACAUUUUUCUUUCAAUAAUUAAUUAACUGUUUGUAUUGAUG